AUGAGAGCAAAGAGGAGGCAUGAGAAAACACUGAUACCCCCCAGCCCCCGGCCCCCGGCCUUACCGCCGGCGCUCUCCUCCUCCUCCUCCUCCUUGUUGUUGUUGUUGUCGUCUCUCCCGGAAUCAAAGAUGGCAGCCCGCCCCAGCAUCCCCCGCGGCCAGCUGACGUCAGGUGGGCGGGGCCACGGGGGAAACCUGACGUCAGCUGGUGUCGCCGGAAGUGACGGCGUGAGGCCGCGACAACAGGCGGACGGGACUAGUCCAGCUGCCAAGCGGUGCACCAUCGUUAUGGCAGGAGCUGCACUCCUUCAUGGAUUCACGAGGCUCACUGUGUCUCCAGCUCUUCCUCAGGGUCAGAGGAAAUUCCUCCAUCUGCUCCGAGUGACUGCCUGUCUCUGGGAGCCGAUCCGACUGGCCUCCUCCCUGGCUGCUGGGACUGUCAGCUGCAGCUCUGGAAAGCCUGGCUGGCAGUCUCACUGCAGGCUGCACACUUCCAGCAGCCUGGCCAACAACAAAUACAACUGGUUAGACAGGAGCAAGUACACAGUGCGGCCCAUCGGAGUCAGAAAAACUGGGGGCCGCGACCACACCGGGAAGAUCAAAGUCCAUGGGAUUGGUGGGGGUCACAAACAGAGAUAUCGAAUGAUUGAUUUCCAGCGGCUCCGUUACCAGGCCGGCCAGCUGGAACUGCCCUUCGAGGAGAAGGUGGUGGAGGUUCGCUACGACCCGUGCAGGUCCGCUGAGAUCGCCCUGAUCGCUGGGGGCAACCGGAAACGGUGGAUAAUCGCCACCGAAAACAUGGAGCCGGGCAACAUCCUCAAAACAUCGGGGCAGAUCGGCCGUAUGGCAGGUCAGUCAGUCAGCAACUCUCCGUCCGAUCCAAACCUCCCCCCCCCCCCCCCACCACCUCCAACUGCCCCAUGGGGGGAUUUGAUGGGCCGAGGGGCCUUUUCUGUGCUAUAUGAAUCUAUGAAAGGCUCCCUUUCACUCUAUCCAUGUCUCACUCCCUGUGUUCCUGCACUCCCUGUUGCCCUUGCUCUACCUCUUGCCCUCGCUCCCCGACACUGUCUCUCUCUCUCUCUCACCGUCGUGCUGACAUUCACUCUCGUCCCUCUCAUGUUCUCUGAUUCUUGCUCCCCCUGCCCCCUUCAGGUUCUCGAGUCGUGUGUAGCAACUGUCGGCCGUGUGUCCAAUGUUGACCAUAACAAGCGAGUGAUAGGUAAAGCUGGCCGUAAUCGCUGGCUGGGGAUCCGGCCAUCAAGUGGCCUCUGGCAGAGGAAGGGUGGCUGGGCUGGUCGGAAGAUUCGGCCACUGCCUCCCAUGAAGAGUUAUGUAAAUCUACCGUCACCAGGGACUGUGAGCUGAGUUGUCUGUUCGAGGGCAGAUCCUGUACAUUAAAGAUCUUACUGAGACUA